AUCUCAGAUCAUCCCUGCCCCGGUCUAUCUAUUUUCUCACUGACACUUGACGGGUCCACUUAAUACCACUAUGUCUCCUCCGAGGCCCUACAGGGCGGAUGUGAAUAAAAGAUGGGAGUCAGCCGCCUCAUCUACAAUGCUAAAGUAUGUUCAGAGACUCAUUUUACCAAAAUGGCAAUUGGCGCUGGGUUCUUAGAGUCGUUGCUUGUUACCCACACCCCGUUGCUUUAUUUAGCGACCAUGAGGCUGUUUGGGUUAUUGCUCGGGUGGGUUGUCGUUGCCUCUGCUCAGUCGGACGACCUGUCCUCCUACGUCCGGACUGAUACGGGCUCCAUCAAUGGAGGCAAUACAUUUCCCGGUGUUUCCUGGCCGCUGGGCAUGGUCAAGCUGGGCCCUGAUCUCUACAACGGCGGAGACAGCUACUCGGGCUACCAGCCCAACGGCGACUUUAUCGGAUUCUCCAUGUUGCAUGAAUCCGGCACAGGUGGCGCUCCAAAGUACGGCGUCGUUUCACAGAUGCCCAUGGUGGGCGAGAUUUCGAACCCGUUAAAGGACAUGAAUGCCACCAGAGCAAGCCCUGAUGUCACUCGUGUUGGCUACUACCAAAGCUCUCUCGGCUCCGGAGUCACGGUGGAGCUCAGUGCAACCCGCAAGGCCGGCAUGUACAACCACACAUUCCCUUCCUCGAGUGAGCCUCGAAACAUCGUGGUGGAUGUCUCACAUGUUCUGCCGUCGUUCCGUGGCCAGGGACUGGGACAAAACUACCUGGGUGGUCGCAUCGAGGUCAAAAACGCCGACUCUGGGCGCCCGAGUUAUCAAGGCUACGGAAUCUAUGAUAAUGGAUGGAACAAAGCUGGGCCGUGGAAAAUCUACUUCUGUGGUCGUUUCGAUAAUGACGCCAGCUUCAAAACCUUUGUCAGUGACGGACUCACCAGCGAAAACCUAGUAUCCUUUGGCCAAGAAACGGGUUACGAGUCCACCAGUGCUAGGAUGGGCGCUGUUUUCACAUUUAAUGAUGCCCAGGUCAUAUCUCGGGUGGGAGUCUCGUUCAUCUCCGAGAGCCAGGCGUGCAAUAGUGUCGACAGUGAAAUCCCAGAGGGAACUUCUCUUUCUCAACUUGAGGAGAACACAAGGGCUGCUUGGAAUUCAGAGGUCUUAUCCAAAGUCACCACCACCGAUACCAACGAGACCAUGAAAACUCAAUUAUAUACCGCGCUCUACUUUAUGAACUUGCUGCCCACCAACAAGACCGGGGAAAAUCCAUUGUGGCAGUCAAGUGAGCCUUACUAUGACGAUAUCUUUACAUUUUGGGACACGCACCGAUGCACCACGGCGCUCCUCCAUGUCCUUCAACCAACAGCCUACGAAGAGUUCAUCCGGUCAAUGAUUGAUAUUUGGCGAAACGAGGGCUAUGUUAGCGACGCACGAUCAUCCAAUUGGAAUGGAGCCGUCCAGGGUGGCAGUAACUGCGACAAUGUCCUGGCCGAUGCGUAUGUUAAGGGCGUACGAGGCGCCGUCAAUUGGAACGACGGCUAUUCUGCCAUGGUCAAAAACGCCGAAGUAACUCCUGAGAAAACCGACGACGAUGGCCGCGACCCGUCUGGCCAAGUCAAAGAGGGCCGAGGUGCACUGCCCGACUGGAAGGAACAUGGUUUUAUCACUCCCAAAUACACUCGGUCAGUCACCCGCGCUGUCGAGUAUUCUACCAAUGACUUUGCUCUAUACCAGGUCGCAAAGGGUCUGGACAGGAGUGAAGAUGCAGACAAAUAUAUGCAGCGAUCUCGCAACUGGCGCAAUCACUGGAACACUGACAUGACAGCCCUUGGUCACUCUGGGUUCCUCGGACCUCGGGAUCUCAACGGCUUUAUAUCCCAAGACCCUAUGAGCUGCGGCGGCUGCUACUGGGGCGACUACUACUACCAAGCUCUCCCGUGGGAGUACUCUUUCAAUGCUCAUCACGACGUCGCCCACAUGGUGACGCUCAUGGGCGGGACGGACAUGUUUGUCGACCGUCUCGAAAAGAUGUUCACCCCUGGCCUCUACACCGGCAAUGGGCAGUUUGGCCACACCAUGUUCAACCCUGGAAAUGAGCCGAGUUUCAACUCUCCCUACAUGUACAACUUUGUCAACCGCCAGGAUCUGUCUGUGCAGCGAAGCCGGUUUGUUGCAAAGUCCUACUACAGCCCGACGCCCGGUGGACUUCCCGGAAACAGCGACGCAGGUUCUAUGGAAUCAUGGCUGCUCUGGAACAUGAUUGGCCUGUACCCGAUAACAGGACAGACGACCUUCUUGAUCGGAUCACCCUGGUUCAAAGACCUGACCAUCGACGUCGGUGGGAACAGCCUCACCAUCACGACGACUGGCGGCUCCGAGUCGGCUUUUUACGUGCAGUCGCUCAAGGUCAACGGGGAAGACUGGGACAAGUCGUGGGUGACGUGGUCUGACGUCUUUGAGAACGGCGGCACGAUGGAUUUCGUCCUCGGAAGCACCCCUCGCAAUUGGACGACGGGGCCGCUACCGCCUAGCCCGGCGAGCGGGCAGUGAGACGCUUGUGCGGCUCGAAUGAUACUUAGUCAGAAGGCUGGCCUAUGUAAUAUAAUAAAGACC